AUGGUUCUGCAGCAGAGUCUGGCAGUGCAGAACCGAGAGCCAGCGCCCCCUACUGACCCCUUUGUGUCUCCCACAGUGAACCUCUUUCUCACUGGGAGGCUCAGCAGCGCAGUGCCUGCCUUUGCUGCCUGCAGUGGGAAGCUGGAACAGCACACAGAACGGCGUGGUGUCAUCUACAGCCCGGCCUGGCCCCUCAACUACCCACCAGGCACCAAUUGCAGCUGGUACAUCCAGGGGGAUCGUGGGGACAUGAUCACCAUCAGUUUCCGCAACUUUGAUGUGGAGGAGUCCCACCAGUGCUCCCUGGACUGGCUCCUGCUGGGCCCUGCAGCCCCACCCCGCCAGGAGGCCUUCCGCCUCUGUGGCUCUGCCAUUCCGCCCGCCUUCAUCUCUGCCCGUGACCACGUCUGGAUCUUCUUCCACUCAGAUGCCUCCAGCUCUGGCCAGGCCCAGGGCUUCCGCCUCUCCUAUAUCCGAGGGAAGUUGGGCCAAGUGUCCUGCCAGGCAGACGAGUUCCGGUGUGACAACGGCAAGUGCCUGCCGGGCCCAUGGCAGUGUAACACUGUGGAUGAGUGUGGAGAUGGCUCUGAUGAAGGCAACUGCUCAGCACCCGCCUCUGAGCCGCCCGGCAGCCUGUGCCCAGGGGGGACCUUCCCCUGCAGUGGGGCACGCUCCACACGCUGUCUGCCAGUGGAGCGGCGCUGUGAUGGCACCCAGGACUGUGGUGAUGGCUCUGAUGAGGCUGGCUGCCCGGACUUGGCAUGUGGCCGGCGGCUGGGCAGCUUCUAUGGCUCCUUCGCUUCCCCAGACCUGUUUGGCGCAGCCCGUGGGCCCUUGGACCUUCACUGCACAUGGCUGGUGGACACACAGGACCCUCGGCGCGUGCUGCUGCAGCUGGAGCUACGGCUGGGUUACGACGACUACGUGCAGGUGUAUGAGGGCCUGGGCGAGCGUGGGGACCGCCUGCUGCAGACGCUGUCCUACCGCAGCAACCACCGGCCAGUGAGCCUCGAGGCCGCACAGGGCCGCCUCACCGUGGCCUACCACGCCCGCGCCCGCAGUGCCGGCCACGGCUUCAACGCCACCUACCAGGUGAAGGGCUACUGCCUCCCAUGGGAGCAGCCAUGUGGGAGCAGCAGUGAAGGGGACAAUGACAGCUCGGGGGACCAGGGCUGCUUCUCAGAGCCACAGCGCUGUGAUGGUUGGUGGCACUGUGCCAGUGGCCGGGAUGAGCAGGGCUGCCCAGCCUGCCCGCCUGACCAGUACCCCUGCGAGGGGGGCAGCGGCCUGUGUUAUGCACCCACUGACCGCUGCAACAACCAGAAAAGCUGCCCUGAUGGCGCUGAUGAGAAGAACUGCUUCUCCUGCCAGCCUGGAACCUUCCACUGUGGCACCAACCUUUGCAUCUUUGAGACGUGGCGCUGUGACGGUCAGGAGGACUGCCAGGACGGUAGCGACGAGCACGGCUGCCUGGCCGCCGUGCCCCGCAAGGUCAUCACCGCUGCACUCAUCGGCAGCCUGGUGUGUGGCCUGCUGCUGGUCAUCGCCCUGGGCUGUGCCUUCAAGCUCUACUCCCUGCGCACGCAGGAGUACAGGGCCUUUGAGACCCAGAUGACACGCCUGGAGGCCGAGUUUGUGCGGAGGGAGGCACCUCCGUCCUAUGGCCAGCUCAUUGCACAGGGCCUCAUCCCACCUGUGGAGGACUUCCCCGUGUACAGCGCAUCCCAGGCCUCUGUGCUACAGAACCUUCGCACAGCCAUGCGACGACAGAUGAGGCGACAUGCCUCCUGCCGGGGCCCCUCCCGCCGCAGGCUCGGCCGGCUCUGGAACCGGCUAUUUCACCGGCCACGGGCACCCCGAGGCCAGAUCCCACUGCUGACUGCUGCGCGCACCUCACAGACAGUGCUGGGUGAUGGGCUCCUCCAGCCUGGACCAGGGGCCACUCCAGGCCCCACAGCCCCCUGCAUGGACACGGGCAGCCCCAGACCACCUGGGGAUGGGCCUCCCAGUGCCCCUGGCCAUACACUAGAGGUGGGACCUUCAGUGCCCUUGCCCUCAGGCCUGCAAGACCCAGAAUACAGGCCUGUGGACAGGGACAGAAAAGCCUGCAGGGACCCUCUGGUUGACAGCCCAGCGACUGUGGACACAGCUCCUGAGCUUUGCUCAGCCCAGGACCCCCAGCCCCAGGCUCCCACUGCCAUCAGCAUCCAAGGCUCCCACUCAGAGCCACUGGGGGUCCGCCGGAGCCCCCUGCCCCCCUGCUCCCCAAUGUUGGAGGCCAGUGACGAUGAAGCCCUGCUGGUCUGCUGACCCACAGGACACGUUGAUGACCGCCACAGCCCCACUUUGUAACCAGGGAAUACACAGUCGUUUCUACCCUGCCUCUGCGUCCUUUCUCACAGAGAGAGGCCAGCCCACGGCCCCAGGGGAGGAGCAGGGCCCUCAGCCAGCAGCAGCAUCAGCAAACCGCUGGUGCACGUGGCAGCGGGGCACGUGGGGGGCUGUCCAGAGGAAGAGGGUGGCAUGAUGAGCAUGUCUUUGGGCACAGUGUCCACAGCAUCUUGGGGUCUUACUCCUAACCCCUCUCCAGCUCCAACUUGGGAAUUCACUUCCAGAAAAGUGGGUGGGAGAUAGACAGCUCCACGGAGUGUUUUGUGUGGCUUCUUGCUUCAUUCACCCCAUGGUGGCACCAGCUGCCUUCCCUCUCCCCCAUCUGUGCCAGGAGCUGUAGUGAAAAGUGAAAGGGGCCAUGGGGCGUGUAGGGCCUUGGCCGCAGUGAGUGCUAUGUCCCCACUGAGCCCUCCUGUCUUUCCCAGCAGGGCCCCCGGGGAGCUGGGCUGGGAGGAUUCUGCCCCAUCCCUAUGCCUGUGGUGGCAGCAUGGGCCUGGUGCCCUUUGUCCUCUGGCUGCAGGGUCAGUCUUCUGGGCACUGUGGCUGGAAAUGAGGGUGUGGGUUAGAGGACCUCAGAAAUGCUGUUCUGUGCUUUCUCAGGAGACAGAGGCCAAGGCUCCAACCAUCAGUGGUCAUCCUGCCUUCAGAUCUGUUUCUCCAACUUUGAUAUCGUGAUGUUCAGUCUGUGGUCAUUUCAGGGAAGAAUGAUAAUCCUAGCCAGACUCUCUGGACUUUCCCAGUUGGCUGAACCUAGGUUGGCAUGGAAAGACGUGG